AUGCUGUGGCUGAACAGCCCAGCGAGCAGUUUGUCAGCUGUUGUUGUUGUGUGUUGUUUGUGUGACGUUGUUUGGGUGGUGGGUGGUGGGUGGUGGUUGCAGACAGCGGAUGGUAGGAUGCUGGUGCAGGUGGUGGUGACGACCCUGGUGGCUCUGGGCGUGGCUCCCUGUAUGUUACAGCGCGUGUGUCGCGCGCGGGCCCCCCGGCCUCCCUCCGCCGUCUGCAUGCAUCGGAUGAAGAUCAAUGACAAGGGAGUUCGGUUUAAUUCCUGGUCACUGUGCUUAUUGUUGACGUAUCACUGGAUAUCAACAACCGGUCAUGACUCCGAAGACGAUGUUGUGAGGAUUCUUCCGUCCGAUGUUUACAAAACAAACGAUGAGUACCGACAUAUAUGGCCGUCCGUGCACGGUGACGCGCUCGUGUUCGUGCGGCCGCUGCUGUUCGUGUGGCUGGUUGUUGUGCUGCUUCAAGUGCCGCUGCAGCUGCCACAAGACGACAUGCUGACCCUGCUCGCCGUGCUGCUGCUGCACCAGGUUACAACAGAAUGCAAGAGCUUCAUGCCUCUAGGUAAGGCGGAGCGCGCGAUGUUCCUGUCUCACUCUGAGGCGUGUCUGGAGCAGUCCGGGGCCGAGAGGUCGCAGGUGGAGCGCCUGGUCGGUGGAGCCCCGGAGGACUCGCCCGCUCUCCGUCGACACGUGCUGUGUGUGUUGAGACGGUGCAAGCUGCUCCGUAAGGACGGCCGGCUUGACAAACACGCGCUGCGAGACAGAGUCAGCGGCACCAAUGAUACUAAGAUAUUAGAAGGCUGUACAGAUCAAUCCGGUGACACUCCUGAGGACCUGGCGUGGCAGCUGUUCCGUUGUGGACUCAACAAGAAGGUUCUGUUUGAACACAUGACAGCAGCCGCCCCCAACGAGCCCUGA